AUGGCGCCUCCGAAGAAUACCACCGCCCUGGGUCCCGAUCCUUCGACGGCCGCCUCCCUUCGAGAUCGCACCGCGGAGGCUCUUCAUGCUUGGUGCUGUAAGAACUACGACUUCGGCUAUGUCUUCUCCCAAGCCGAGUUGUUGGAUGCCGGUAUCAUCCCAAACCAGGACCUCCAAAUCCUUCUCUCCUCCGUCGAAUACCUUACCAAAAAUUCGCUCUUCAGAGUCCACGAUCGAGCGGGCGGUGGCAUAGGUUGGGAGUUGGUAAACCCAGAUGUAGCAAAAGACUAUGCCAAUCUCAGUCGCAAUGAGCAAAUCGUCCUGCAGGUCAUCGACGGCGCAAAGUCCUCGGGGAUGUGGACCAAGCAGAUCGGGUCCAAAACCGCCCUCCACGUGAAUAUCCUGGAAAAGGUCUACAAGGUCUUGGAGGGAAGAGGACUGAUCAAGCAGAUGAAAAGCGUCAGCCAUCCCAAUCGGAAGAUGUACAUCUUGGCUGGCAUGACUCCCUCCGAGGAUGCGACGGGUGGCUCUUGGUUCUCUGAGGGACGACUUGACAUCGGAUUGAUCGACACCAUCUCCACGGUGAUCGAGCAUUUUGUUUCCACACAAAGCUGGCAAGAAAUCAAGCCUGACGAUGCGGAUGACAUCCCAGGUCAAAAGCGCAAGCGACCCAAUGGUGGAUUUGAAGAGCAUGGUGAUGACAGGGGGAAAUUGACCAAGACUGGGGAGGGACAGAACAACAAGGCCAAGUUGUCGAAGCACCAGGCUUCCUUCCAGAAAUCCUACAGACCCUUCGGCCCUGGCCACAAAUUCUAUCCCACGCUCCAAGACAUAACCAAGCAUAUCCUCAAUAUCAAAGUCACAGGUUCCAUGCUACCGCAGAACGCCAUUGCACAACUCCUCCAGGUGAUGGUUUAUGACGGUCGCCUUUUCAAACUUCAUCGUCCACCCCAUGGCAAUGAGCUUCCUGACGACCACAUCGCGAAUACCAUUACUAUGUACCGCUGCUUUAAAACCCCGCACGACAUCACGGAGCGACUUCAACUUGACAAGCGCAAAGUGAGCCACCACGACGAUGUUAGAAAAGCCGCAUAUCGGCAGGAAGAAUUGGAGAAACUGGGUGCGGGCGGGUCGAGUGAAGUACCUUGUAUGAGGUGUCCUUCGUUUGACAUCUGUGGUGACGGUGGCCCGGUCAAUGUGGUUACCUGCAAGUAUUUCGAUGAGUGGUUUGAGAGAAUUGAAGAAGCGGAUAGGUGGAAAGGGGAGAACGAAAAGGCGAAGGAGAAGGCCAAAGACCGAGACAAGGGCAAGGGCAGGAGCAAAGAUAAAGAGUAUGCAACGGUCAACGGUGAUCGAGGACCCCGUGUCGACAUUGAACUGGAACUGGAGCCUUCAUAG